AUGACCGAACACAAAUUCAAGCCCAUCAGCGGCCUCGUGUCCGCCAGGGAGGUCGUCGGAAACAUCGCUGCCUCGGAGGACAAGCUCAGGGAGGGCGAGGAGAUCGCCCGCCAGCUUGAGGAGGACUUUGGCCGGGGACAGGACCUCGCCGUGCGCGUUGGCUACCCCGAUGUCGACGCGAUGCGAGGGGCAGUCUCCCGCCUGGAGGCCGUCACACAGAUCAAGGACCAGCUCGAAAGGAAUUGCGAAGAGGUCAAGGACGACCUCGAGAGCAACGUCGAGGCCCUCCGGAGGCUCCUACUCCCCCUCGUGGUCACCGACAUACCCGCGGCGCUCGAGAAAUUCCCAAGCCUCAAGGAUGUCCUCUCGGGUGACCUCGUCGCAACACGCCAGACGCAGAUCUGCAGCGGCGACGUAGACAACGAGCAGCUGGAGGACCUACAAGAGCAGGUCAAACUCCUCGAGCUCAGGUGCGACAAGGAGGUCUCGGGGGUCGAGGAACAUGCCAAGGGCAGAGAGGAGGCGGAGAGCCGCCUCGAAGCCGCAAGAAAAGAGGUCGACAGGCUGAAGAAGCGCCUCGAAACAAAAAGACACGAGCUGGAGGACGCCAGAGGGGCCACAACAACGAUGAAAGAUCAGCUCGACAUGCUCGGGCACCGUGCUCGUGGGCUCGAGCAGAAGCUGUCAUCCGAGGAGGACCGCGCUGCCAGGUACAAAAGGGAGCUGGACUCUGUCAGGGCCGACCUGAGAGUGACCGAGGAGACCGUGGCCAACCACGAGACAACGGUGCAGUCCAUGCGUGAGCAGCUGGCCACGUUGAUGCAGAAGAACAGCACGACGCAAGAGAGCAGGCUGGGCUCUAUACACCUGUUGGAGCGCAGUCUCAAGAGCGAGAAGAGAGCGCACGAGGCGUCCAGGGUGAGCCAUGCCAAGGCCGUGGAUGAGUUGAAGAGCAACCACCAGUCCGUCGUCGACUUCAUGCAAGGGCAGGUCGAUGAGCUCCGGUCUGAGAACAACAAGGCGCGCAGCGAGAUCUCCGGUAAGGACACCGAGCUCCGCAAGAGCUUGUACGAGCGCGGAAGGCUCCAGCACAGGGCCGAGCGGCUCAGGGCCAAGCUGGAUGACAGCAAGAAGUACCUCGGGCGGGCCAGGGCAGACAUGCAAGAGGCCCGCGACCAGGCAGAGGAGAUUGCCAGGGAGAAAGAAGCAAUCCUCGGGGACAAGCAGCAGGGGCUCGACGAGGCCAACGAGGAGCUUGCCGAGAAGGACCACCAGCUAGAGCUGAGCAUGGAGACGGCGGCCAGGCUGAGAAAGGAGCGUAACGAGCUGCGCGCCAGCAACAAGACGAUGGCCGCCUCGUCGGGCGGGCUCAAGCAGGCCGAGCUGAGGGUCACCGAGCUCGAGGAGGCGACCAGGGAACUGAAGCUCAAGUUCGGGGAGUCCGAGUGGAAGCUCCAGCUGGCCAGCAGCGCCAAACAAUUGGCAGAUGCGAACCUCAGAGAAAAGGAACGCCAACAGCGACAGGCGGGUCGCGACCUCUCCCAAAAGUCCAAAGAGGUCAGAAGGCUUAAGGAUGAUCUCUCCAGUCUCAGAGGACAGCACGAGGCUACCUUGGAGGAGCAGGAAGCCCUGCGAGACGAGGUCGACAGGCUCGAACGGCUCGUCACGUACAGGGACAACACCCUCGAUGAGAAGUCGGCAACCAUCGAGCGGCAGGCUGAGGAGGUGGGGGACCUGAAAAGCCAGGCGAUCAUCACGAAGGUCAACUUCGACGCAGAAAUGGAGGAGAGCAAAUGCCAGCUCAGAAGCGCCGAGGGGCGCCUGGAGGAGAUGGAACAGGAGCUCAACGGCGCCAGGGAGGGACGCGAGCAGGCGCUGGACGACCUGUCCGGGAUGCAGGAGCUCAAUGACAGCCACGAGACAAGGAUCAAGUCCCUGGAGGGCGAGCUCGUGGGCCUGCAGGCUUCCAGCUCGGCGAGCACCAAGGAGAUCGCGGAGAACAACCGCCAGGUCUCCUUGUUCCUCGCCGACAUGGCCGGCGCGGCGCCUGACAUGUGGGCGAUCCUCCGGUCGUGGAACGGCAUCCCGGCCGACCUCGCGGUAGCUACAGGAGAGCCACAAGGCCCGCCGUCACUCGACGCGAGCCUGCAGAUGGAUGUCGUGCUUCUCCUGGGAGAGGCAGCCUCCAAGAAGCUCAAUACGGAGCGAUCCCAGGCGGUCCUCGCCGGCCUGAUCACCAGCGUCGGCAGCACGAGCACACGGCUGAUGCCGAUGGGCAUCCUGACCGAGCUCGUUGACAAGGUCGCCGUGGCCCUGCGGGAGGUGGCGCACACCCAGGUCGAGUUUGCACUCGCAUUCUGGCAGCUGAUGGAGCUCGUCGAGCACCGAAUCGGCCGGCAGGUCCCAGAAGACCCCCCCUGGCAAGAGCACAAGAGGUCGCUGUCGCACUGGCUCGAGCAGCACCCUUGUGCGCUCGUCUUCGACAUCCUGCGGGAAAAGGUUGACCUUCGCCGCCACGACCUCUGUCGGCUGUUUGGCGACAGCGUAGGGCUGUGCUCGCACAGGGGCUGGAAAAGUGCCGUGUUGUUUGACAUAGAUUCCCGCUCCCUGCGGUUUGUCGACAAGGCCCUGGUCUCCAUGCACCGUCUGGAUACGCUGCGGGUCGGGCCCGAGCCGGGCCACGACGCCGUCGACCUGCAACUGCAGCCACCAGACCUCAUAUGGCAGAUGAUGAACAUUUAG